CAUUUAUUUUCUCUCCCUCCAAGGGAGAAAAAGAAAAAAAAAGUUCUUGUCACAAACUACCUGGUCAAGCCAAGCCAGUUCUUGCACACACCAUGUCCAAGCUGGAGCAUUGGAAGGGGGAGAGGCGGGGGGGAGUCUGUCCCUGCAGGUUCAGGAAUUGGGCAGUGGGCUUCUUCCUGCUUACUCCAUUCCUCAAUGUUCUCAAGUGUGAAAUCAGUUCUCACCCAUUAAGUUUGGAGAAGAAAAAGACCAGAAUGAGGAGGAAGUUCUAUAAGGACAAUGGUCAAGUCAGCCAAUGAAGGGUGGGAAGCAGAGCAGACUUACCCCCAAGUCACACUUCUUAUCAGGGGUAGGGUCGGUGACUCCAGACCUCCAGAUGCAGAAUCGAGUGUCCCAUCUGCCUCUUCAGCCAGCCUCCAACUGCUUCCAAGACAACAGCACAAGUUGGACAGAUCCACUCGGGAGGUCGAGCUGGGACUGGACUAUGGAGUGCCAACCUUGAAUCUGGCUGGGCAGAGCCUCAAGUUUGAGAAUGGCCAGUGGAUAGCAGAGUCAGGUGCCUGUGGAGGCGCGGACCGCAGGGAGGCCCAGCGACUGCGCAAGAGGAACAAGCAGCUGGAAGAGGAGAACAACCUCCUGCGAGUCAAAGUGGAGAUCCUGCUGGACAUGCUCGCCGAGACCACAGCCGAGUCCCAUCUCAUGGAGAAGGAACUGGAUGAACUGAAGAGCAUUAGCCAGAGGAGGAAGUGAUGUCAGAGGCGCCGAGCCCCAGGGGCAGCAAAAUGAGAAUGAGGAGGUUGGGGUGGUAGUGAAACACAGCAGCACAAAUUAAAAGUCGACUCCCACAAAAUCACUCAAUAUAUUUAUCUGAAAAUAACAAGAAAACAAGGUGAUUGAAGAAAAUUGUGCAUUUCAGGAUCCUGUGGCUUCAUUUCUCAGGACCAGCAGAUGCAGCACUGGAAAGGCCUUGGGCCUGUGGGAUGAGUGUCAGUGUCACAUGCUUGGGCAGGGCCAACAUGGGAAUCCAUUCUGACUAUGCAGGUGUUAAAAGGAUUUUGGCUUUUGGUUUUUCCAUCGAGGGGCUGGAGAGCUGGCCAUAGGGCUGUCCGAAAAAAAUAAAGAGAGAGAAAAGCAGGGCUACUGAAGCAUUUUUAUUUUAAAUGCACAGCAGAGAAGGCCAGAAAUAACCCGAGCUUGAGCAGGCCGGCUUUCACAAUAACCUGUGAGAUUUAUUAAAUGGAGAACUGGAGCAUA